CCGAACCCUAGGCACUACUCAAACCUAACAAUGGCCGACCAAUUGUCUGAAGAGCAAAUCUCAGAAUUCAAGGAAGCUUUCUCCCUAUUUGACAAAGACGGCGAUGGCACGAUCACAACCAAGGAGCUCGGAACCGUGAUGCGUUCUCUAGGACAGAACCCCACCGAGGCCGAACUGCAGGACAUGAUCAACGAAGUCGACGCUGACGGGAAUGGCACCAUCGACUUCCCCGAGUUCCUCACGAUGAUGGCUCGGAAGAUGCGCGAUACCGACAGCGAGGAGGAGAUCAAGGAGGCGUUCAAGGUUUUCGAUAAGGAUGGGAAUGGGUAUAUCAGCGCUGCUGAGUUGAGGCAUGUCAUGACCAACCUUGGCGAGAAACUAUCGGACUCUGAGGUCGAUGAGAUGAUUCGAGAAGCAGACGUUGAUGGUGAUGGCCAGAUUAACUAUGAAGAAUUCGUCAAGAUGAUGCUAUCGAAGUAGAGAGUUAACAUAAGAUAAUAUGUAAAUGUUAUGUAAUUGCGAGUGCGUACGAGUUCUAAGUUUGCUCGCUUUGUGCAA